UAUCAGUUGCUCGCAGUGUCUGAGCUGCGUGAUGAGAUAUGCCGGUUAUACAAAUGAGGAAAGCCACGUUUGGGGGAGUCUGUCUGUUAACGUUGCUGUGUAUCAGCAGCGUAUCAGCAAAGGGGAAGUCAUGUCUUCAAUUUUCCUGGUUGGGGCCCAACUCCCGAAGAAUUUUUGCUCCCAAUGAGUUAGUGGGAGAGCUACAAAACCAUAUGCAACUAAGCAACCGCACUUGUGCAAAGUACCCCAAACCAAAACCUAUUCCCUGCAUUGAGCCCUUCUUGGUGAAUGAGCUAGGAUACAGUCUCCCGACCCUUCCUAAUGGUUCAAUAACUGUAGCUGAUACAUUUAACAAUUCAGUUCUGUGUGACCCGGGUAUAGGCGACAUUUGUGCUGUUGUUGCAUUUCUCUUCAAUGAAAAAGUGGUAAACCUCACAGCUUAUUGCACUAGGGUGACACUGGAAAAUUCUGAUCCCUUGACAUAUGGCUGCGUUGCUGUUCAGAAAGGAACUUAUAGAAAUGUGGUUUGUGUCUGUGAUCCUCAAGAAAAUCGACCCUGUCACAUCUAUAUACCAGGCCCAAACAGCUCAACAAAAGCCAAAGUAAGUGCUCUCUCUUUCCUGGCUUUUGUCAUGGCACUUUUGAUAAAUGGACAGGCCUAACAAUGAUUUGGAAGUUUACUUUCUACUGACAAUAAAAAAAUAAAACAAUUCACUAUUAUGAGUGAGCAAUUAAUUUGGAGAAGAGUCA